AUGAAUUUCAAAAAUGCAAGUCGGGUCAAUGCAUCAUCCGGCAUAGGGGUUGCUGAUCACAGCAAAAAUAUAUUUAUAGAACUUCAGAGGAAGAAGGUACAUCGAUAUGUGAUCUUCAAAAUUAAAGAGAAGAAGAUAGAAGUUGUGGUUGAGAAGACAGGGGAGCCAUCUGAGAGCUAUGAAGAUUUCGCUACAUCUUUGCCUGACAAUGAUUGUCGAUAUGCUGUUUAUGACUUCGAUUUCGUGACUUCAGAGAAUUGUCCAAAGAGCAAGAUCUUCUUCAUUGCAUGGCACUACUGGAUUAGCAUAUGCAACUUCCCCGGCCCUUUCUCCAUGUGCAAAUAUUUGAACAUAAAUAGCUGAAUUAUAGGCGUCCAUUCUUGCAAUAUAACACAAGGAAAGUUUUCUUGCCUUCAUAUGUCUAGCCUCCACAGUUUCUUGUUAUACUGAAAAGGCUUGGAGUUGUUAGAGUGAUGAUUAUGAUAAUAUUUACACAAUGCCGCUAAGGUAGCCACAAAAAUUGCACUCUGUUUUUCUGCGAAAUGUCCACAAUAACAAUUGCAAAUGGUCAUAUACACAUAUACGUACAAAUGUUAUGUUUGUACAUGUACUUGUAAAUCUAUUUAGCAAAUAAAUCAAUCUAGAUAAGAUGUUUGGACAUCUCCUUUUGGUGUUUAUGAUAACCAGGGAAUAAAUUUUUAGCUUCAGAUGUUACUAUAAGUCUGCUUUAAGUUGUGUUCUGUAGUCUAUCCUUUCAAGUUAAACAUGGUAUUUUGAUGUGUAUCUAGUACGAUGAUGAGCUCAUUAGGUAACUGAGGGGGUUCCGCCC